ACACAAUAGCGAUAGCUUAAUGGACAACUGCAGUAUGAAAUAUUUAAUAUAAACAAUAAAACAAAACUUCUUUACAUAGUGCAACAACAAAGAUCAAAUCUGUUUAACGACAUCCUUUCCCUCCUCCCUUAAAUAAACCACAGAUUUUGUUGGUUUACUAACUGUGUUCUGUACAAGCUUGUGCCACGUUACGCUACGGUGCAUUUUGUUCAAAAUCCGUUCCCUGUAAUUUCUCGGUAUGGGGACUGCUGAAGAGCUGUCUUUACAUGGAGCGCUGAAGUGUUCUAAGUAGGACAACCGAGACCAAUAUAGUUUUCUCCUCUUCUUUGAAACGUAUUCGCGAUUCUCCCUGUAGCACAGAAGAAGCAGAAAAGGUCAGGAGACUUUGUAUGGGAGCUUAAGCGUGCAAUAUGCUGAAGAAGCAGCCCGUUUACUGCGCGCAAAUGAAAUAAUGGGAGAGAAAUGAGAAGGAAAACAAAAGCGAAGCGAGUUCUCGAUCACGAAAAUGAUGAAGAAGAGGAAGAAGACCAAAACCAAGAUGAAAUCGACCACGGGUUGCAGAAAAGAAGGAAACAAAUGUACCCUGCCAAAGAGAAAGCAGACGAAAAUUCAUCAUCCACUGCCGGCCUCCAGAAGUUGAAAAUGAGGGCAUUUGAAUUGGACAGUCCCAUGGGAGAGCAGUACACUGACAGUGACUCGACUCCUGAGGAAUCGGACUACCUGCAGUCACGCUCAAAGGCGGAGUUAAUUGCUAUGGUGCUGUGCAUGCAAAGGGAGAUGGAGAGUUUGAAGGAGCAAAUUCGGUGCCUUACAGCUUGUGGGAAGCUGGCCAGGAACUUAGAAACCCUGAUUGAAAGGACCCAGGUGUGGUCCAGUGGCAACAGCAAGACUCCAUCUCCCAGCAUGCCUGGUGUACCACUGGAGGGGGAUGCCCUCAUUCCUGGUCUGCUGGCAUCCCCGGCUGUGCUGAAUGGGCAGUAUGCUAUGUCCCGGGAUCGCCAACCUGAGCAGCCAGAGGAUUCCCAGAGGAAUGGCCUCUUCACUGAGUUCAUCACUCCAGAACUACUGGAGCGCUGUAACACUGGCACCACAGCCCAGAAGUUGACCAAUGACCUGCUGCGCGGGCUCUACGAGAGGGAGUGCCUGGCCUCACACUCCAUCUCUGGCAUUGUCUACAACAAGAGGGGUCAGCCGAAGCCUGCUCUACCUGCAGAUGAAGUUCAGGCCAUCCUGAGAACGGUGCAGUACUUCUUCCCCGGCAAGACAGAUGCAGAGAUCAAGGGCUACAUCCGGCAGAAGCUGCAAAACGAGGCCAAGAGGCUGCGGAGGAAGCCGCAGCUGUCGGUGAAGGUGGAGGCUCAUGUGGAGCCCACGGGGACUGAGGGUGUGUACACACCCUGCUGAAAAAAUCAGCUCAAGCUAGGUUUUGAAACAGCUGGUAGCUGGUUGACCAGUUCGGACCAGCUCCCAACUCGACAUGGUUUAGCUGGUUGACCAGUUCAGACCAGCUCCCAGCUUGACAUGGAUUGAUCAGCUCAAGCUAGCUUUUGAAGCUCACCAGCACUAGCUGGUUGACCAGCUCAUACCCAGCUAGACCAGCUAAUGACCAACUCAAUUUUGAAGCUUGUCAAGCUGGCAUAGCUAAAUUUUACAGCAGGGUGUAGAACUGGUGACUCCGCCUGCCCUGGAAUAAGCCACACUCAUCCCUGCCUCUCAUCCCCUACCAAGCAGGUGCUUGGAGGAAUACAAACACACCUGAUAAUGACAAAAUUACAAUGUUACAACUGGCACCAGGUCUCUACCAAUAGGGUUAUUGCAGUGUUACGUUCGACUUAACAUAGAAGGAAAAUAUUUCCUACCCCUGUCCAGACCUUUAAGGUUUUAGACUGGCUCUGAAAUUCUUAAGAGUACAAUUUCCUGCUUGAGGGUUGGAUGAAAAACGUGACAUUUUAUUUUGGAGCAUAACUCCAACUAUUACUUGAUCAGGCCUAGUUUCAGCUCGGUUCAAUGUAGACAUGAGCUAUCACCUAGUCCUCUGGCUGAGUUAAGUGCAGUCAGCAAUAGGUAUACAUAUGAACUCUGUUCCUUUGCAAAGAUUAGUUCCAUUUUUUAUUUUUAUAUAUAGAAGAUUAGAGCGUGGGUGAGAUAUGUGACCGUGCAAUAGCAACUCAGUGAUGUGAUCAUUACUUACACAAUUUUUGAUGUAUUUCAGAUUUGACGUUGUACUUUCAUGGUCUCUAUGAACUAAGCCUAGCUUUUGUUUCUUAGUUUUUGUAAACAAUAUCCUGAUCUUACAAAUUAAAAAAUAUUUUGCUUUUCA